GUAAUAGGGUGGAAUGUUGUUUAUUGCGUUAUGUGAUAACUAAAUAAUUAAUUUUAACGUGAUUACAAUAUCCUGUACAUCACCAUAAUCAAUCAAACAAAAUAUAAAUCCAAAGCUAGUGUGAUGCUAACAAAUACGAGAUUGCUCGUAUAAUACUGUUACUGUUUACUUAUUUGGGUGUGUUCUUGUGAGACUUGAAUCAUGUCUGUGAGUGAAAAGGUGUCUCUUUCCGAUGCUUUGAGCAAUGUGGAUGUUCUGGAUGAGUUGACUUUACCAGAUGAACAGCCCUGUAUUGAGGCAGCACCCUGCUCUAUCCUAUACCAAGCGAACUUUGACACCAAUUUUGAGGAUCGCAAUGGCUUUGUAACUGGUAUUGCCAAAUAUAUCGAGGAAGCUACAAUCCAUGCUAAUCUGAACGAACUGCUGGAAGAGGGCAACGCUCAUGCAGUGAUGCUGUACACCUGGCGGUGCUGCAGUCGCGCUAUUCCUCAGCCCAGGUCCAAUGAGCAGCCUGACAGAGUCCACAUAUAUGAACGGACAGUCCAAGUGCUGGCUCCGGAGGUGGAUAAGUUGCUGCAAUUCAUGUACUUUCAGCGUAAAGCUAUAGAGCGCUUCUGUGGUGAAGUUCGUCGUCUGUGCCACGCAGAGAAGCGAAGAGACUUCGUGUCAGAAGCAUAUCUCCUGACACUCGGCAAGUUUGUGAACAUGUUCGCUGUACUCGACGAGCUAAAGAAUAUGAAGAGUUCUGUCAAAAACGAUUACUCUACGUACAGAAGGGCUGCCCAAUUUCUGAAGGUGAUGUCUGAUAGCCAGAGUCUCCAAGAGUCGCAGAAUCUGUCCAUGUUUCUGGCCACCCAGAACAAGAUCAGAGACACAGUCAAGGAUGCUUUGGAGAAGAUUAAUGGUUACGAAGAUCUGCUGGCAGAUGUCGUGAACAUAUGUGUCCAAAUGUUCGAGACGAAGAUGUAUCUAACGCCAUCUGAGAAGCAUAUGUUGGUUAAGGUGAUGGGUUUCGGACUGUUCCUGAUGGACUCCGAAGCCUGCAACAUCAACAGGUUGGAUCAGAAGAAAAAGAUCAAAUUGGACCGUAUUGACAGGAUAUUUAAGAAUUUGGAAGUUGUGCCGUUGUUCGGUGAUAUGCAGAUUGCGCCAUUUAACUACAUCAAGAGAUCUAAACACUACGAUCCUAGCAAGUGGCCAUUGUCGUCCAGUCCAAAUCCACCAUCUCCCCAGGCCGACCUGAUGGUGCACCUGCCUCAGAUCAGGGAGGAACACCAGAAUUAUAUAUCAGAACUGUCGAGGUACAGCAAUGAGGUGACCACAACAUUCAAAGAAGCCGGUUCAGAUUCAGAAAACAAGGCCGUAACAGAGCUGUGCCUUCGAGGACUCCAUCUGCUCUCUUCCUGGUGCUCAGUCCUCACAGAGCUGUGCUCGUGGAAGCUGCUACAUCCCACAGACCAUACCACCAACCCGAGGUGCCCUCCCGAGGCGGAGGAGUAUGAGAGAGCAACACGAUACAACUACUCAUCUGAAGAGAAGUUCGCUAUGAUCGAGGUGAUAGCCAUGAUCAAGGGUCUGCAGGUGCUCAUGUCUCGGAUGGAGACAGUCUUCACGGAUGCAGCGCGCCGGUCCAUUUACGCUGAGCUGCAAGAUUUCGUUCAGUUGAUACUGAGAGAACCGCUCCGAAAAGCAAUUAAGAAUAAGAAGGAUUUGAUACGGAGUAUAAUAGUGUCAGUGCGAGAGACAUGUGGUGACUGGGCGAGAGGUUGCGAACCCCAACAGGAUCCAGCUUUACGGGGCAAGAAGGACGCAGAAGCGAGCUUCACCAUCAAAGUGCCCCGAAGGAACGUGGGUCCAUCGUCCACCCAGCUGUAUAUGGUGAGGACGCAGUUGGAAGCGUUGAUAUCUGACAAGUCGGGAGGUCGACGAACUCUACGCAAAGACCUGGAUGCUACCACACUGCAGCAAAUUGAGGCUUUCCAUCGGCAGAGUUUCUACUGGACUUACCUUCUGAAUUUGGCCGAUUUUCUCUCCAAAUGCUGCGAUCUGUCUCAACUGUGGUAUCGGGAGUUUUAUUUGGAGAUGACAAUGGGGCGAAAAGUUAACAAAUGCACAGUGAGACACAACCAUAACGAGGAAUGCAACGACCUGAUCACCAUGGAGAAACGGAUCCAGUUUCCGAUCGAGAUGUCCAUGCCCUGGAUCCUCACCGAUCAUAUACUGAAGAGCAAAGAGCCAGCCAUGAUGGAAUAUGUGCUGUAUCCGUUGGACUUAUACAACGACUCGGCGCAGUACGCACUUACUGUGUUCAAAAAGCAGUUCCUCUACGAUGAAGUCGAAGCUGAAGUCAAUCUGUGCUUCGACCAGUUUGUCUACAAGCUGUCGGAGCUGGUCUACGCGCAUUACAAGCAGUUGGCUUCCAGUAUGCUACUUGACAAACGUUACCGGGCCGAGUGCGCGGCUCGUGGGGCGAGUACUGGAUGCGGGGCGGGGAGGUAUGCAUCCCUGCUAAGGCAACGACACGUGGCUCUACUGGGGCGACACGUCGACCUGUGCGCACUCGUUGCGCAACGGAUUAACUCGGAUAUGCAUCGCGCCCUCGACGCAGCGGUCGCAAAGUUUGAAGCCGGCGAUAUCACUGGAGUUGUGGAAUUAGAAGGUCUGAUCGCGGUUAACAGACUUUGCCACAAACUGUUAAGCCGCUACUUGACCCUGGAUGAGUUCGAGGCUAUUCUACGGGAGUCGGAUCACGGGGUACUGGCUCCGUACGGCAGGGUUACUCUCCAUGUCUUCUGGGAGUUAAACUAUGACUUCUUGCCAAAUUAUUGCUACAACGCCGCUACCGAUAGAUUUGUGAAGUGUCGCGGCAUCCAGUUUGCGGCUGGAGUCCAACGGGAGAAGCCUCAGCAGUAUGGGCAUGCGAUGCUGUGGGGUUCCAAGCAGCUCAGCCUCGCUUACUCCGCGCAAUAUGCCCAGUACAACGGUUUUGUGGGCCCUCAGCAUCUGCACGCUUUGGUGCGUCUGCUUGGCUAUCAGGGUGUCGCUGUGGUGGUUUCCGAACUCCUGGGGGUGGCAAGGGGCUUGCUCCACGGAACCCUGGCACAGUUCACACGGGCCCUCGCGGCUGCAAUGCCCAGGCACUGCAAACUGCCGAGAUACGACUACGGUUCCAAUGGUGUCCUGGGCUAUUACCACGCGCAGCUGACGGACAUUGUGCAGUACCCGGACGCGAGGACGGAGCUGUUCCAUGCCUUCCGAGAACUCGGCAAUAUCAUCCUCUUCUGCAUGCUGAUUGAGCAGGCCCUCAGUCAGGAAGAGGUGACUGAUCUCCUCCACGCUGCGCCCUUCCAGAACAUUCUACCGCGUCCAUAUACAGCUGAAGGAGAAAAGCCGGAGACGAAACAGAAGCGACUCGAGGCCAAGUACUCCGCACUGCAAAUAGUUCAAAAUGUGGAAAAGUACGGAACUGCCAAGCAAAGCCAGUUGUCUCGCGAAGGUGACCUGCUGACUCGAGAGCGGCUCUGCUGCGGUCUCUCUCUGUUCUCCGUGGUGCUGAGGAGACUUCGCGCUUGUCUGGUGGCGCCCCAGUGGCCGGCACCUCCCACUUCACACCACGCGCCUCUGCAUACUGACGACACAACUGAGUUCCACAGGUGA